AUGGACUAUAGUCUUCACGAAACCCAUGCUGGAAUCCUAGCCCAACACGCUGUGGAAGAUGAUGAUGAUCCUAACGAAUCUUACAGCUGGGUUAUGUUAAACCAAAAGGGGGACAUUGAGCCCCUCCCACAUGAGAGCAUCUUCCACAAGACUAGAGGCCGAAUAGCGCUUGAGCUAUCAGCACCGUCGCCUUCACAGGGAGUUCCCGCAUAUAGUCAAAGAUGUGAUCGUGGCACGGCAUACAUAACCAAUCAGAGACUCAUAUAUCUGGCCAGCACACCUACAGAUCAGUUCACAUCAUUCUCGACCAAAAUCCUAUCUUCUGAGGAUGCACACACGGGAUCCACCUUGUUGGGCUUUGGCGCAAAUUUCUGGGAGUCAACCAUUAAACCAGUGUCCAAUGGAGGCGUACCCGCCGACUACCCAAGGAUCAACAUGAGGUUGGUCUUCUACGAUGGUGGACACAGUGACUGGGCAAUCAAGCAUCAGGAUAUGAAAGGCCGGCUUUUGCACGCUGUCGAAACCGCUGGUCUUUCUUAUCAAAACUCAACCAACAUGCUCAAUAUGAUAUCUGGCGAACAACUACCUGAGUACUCACCCGGCGAAGGUGGCUCGGUGCAACCGCAGACGGAAGCAAGUCAGGUACAAGUCGAGGUACGAGGAGAAGAGGCGGCAAGGGACAGGCAGACGAACCAAGGCUUGCCUGAUGAGCCUCCGCCGGACUACGAUGAGGCACAGGCACAAGCGGUAGCCGCUCGAUUCGAUGAGCGGGCGCGUGAGGAUGCGGAGAGACAGUAA